AUGAUUAAGACCAUAUCAGGUUUAUUUUUUCUACUUUUUACUUUAACAGAAAUUUCGGCACAGUUUGCCAUCUUGAAAGAUCUGGUAUUACAGUUCACCUAUACAAAUAUUACGCAAGUACAGUCGCAACAGCAAUUCAAAGUUCUGUCUGAUGGAUCCGCAGUACUCGAUUUUAUUGGUCUUGUUCAACAAUACGACGGAUACACAGCAGAGGAGUAUGAUGUACAAACUGAAGAUGGAUACAUUUUAAAGCUGCACAGAAUAAGUGGUAGUCCACUGAGUCCAAAGCGUGCUGGGAAGCCUGUAAUUUAUUUGCAGCACUGUCUUGCUGGAUCCACAGAUGUUUAUGUUGCCUUGGGGCGAAAACACUCCUUGGCAUUUUUACUGGCGGAUGCUGGUUACGACGUAUGGCUAGGAAACGUUCGAGGUAAUACUUACUCAAAGCGACAUGUAAAAUAUACAGCCGACCGAGAUUCAGAAUUCUGGAACUUCAGUAUGGAUGAAAUGGCAGUUAUCGAUGUUCCAAAGUUCAUCGAUGUGGUUCUAGAGAAAACUGGUCAAAAGAAACUUACGUAUAUUGGAUUUUCAAUGGGAACGACACUGAGUUACAUACUUUUAUCGGAAAAACCUGAGUACAAUGACAAAAUGAAAUUAGUUGUCAGCAUGGCACCGAUUGCCUACUUUAUACAUCCACUCAAACUACCAGCUUACGCAAUUUUAGUAGCAACAGAAGCUAUACUGGCUCUCUCAAGUGAGACUCAAAUUAAUCAACUUUAUCCACAAUCAAAUAUAUUACACAUGUUGAGUAAAAAAAUUUGCUCUGGCAUACUCGGAAGAAUACUUUGUAAAAACAUGAUAAAGACGAUCGCGAGUCCUGAAAGAUUAAAUCUUACAGCACUGCCAGAUUUACUUGCUCAUACCCCUGCGGGUUCAUCUCUCAAUACAUGGGUCCAUUACUAUCAAAUAGUAACAACUGGAGAGUUCAAAAAAUUUGAUUUUGGAGCAUCAUCCAACGAAGCAAAAUACGGCUCAGCUAAGCCUCCCAAUUAUGACCUGUCCAAAAUAACGUCGCCGCAAGCUAUGUUUUAUUCAGAAAUCGAUAUAUUUAGCAGCAUAAAGGCGGCAACGAGACUGAAGAAAAAGUUAAAAAAUGUAGUAGCUUUUGAAGCUGCUCCCAAAGGCUACAAUCACAUGGAUUUCGUGUGGGCUAACGAUGCCUACGAAGAAGUCUAUUUGGCAAUACUAAAAAUAAUAGCAUCUAAUCCUUGAAAAUCGCCACAUCUACAUUUUAGCAAUAAGUAUCAACUAUAAAUAAAUACACAACGCAAUAAAAUAUACUUGAAAAUCGAAUAAAAUUCAGUGAUAAAA